AGUCUUAUCAGCAGCAAACCUCGUCUGUUGCUGUUUGCCGGUCAGUCAAUCAGUGCUUUCCAACUGCCGACCCUUUUGAAAUGUAAAUCGUCGUAAAAUGAUUGAUCAUGGAUGAGUUGUUCGUUUUCCUCAUCGCUGCCCUGAUCGUGCACUUAUCCCUGUUGUUUUUCGACGUCGUCUUCAAGAGCUGCUCUCAUUAUCCGUACCUGUACUUUUUAUCCAAGACAGGCAUACAAAUACUGCCGUUUAGGAUAAACUGGUUUACAACGGCUUUCAACCGACAGAUACAGAAAUGGAGUUCGAAACGCCCGAAGCUUCAAACGGCUUGGUUCACGGCAGGCACUUGGGUUUCCAUUUGUAUAAUGCCCAUGGCGUUCCUCCUCAUAAUGUAUACAACUUACGUUACAAUGAGGAGUUCUUAUUACGUCGAGAGGAAUAUGCUGAUCGUUGAGCCUCUGGUUCCGGGUUGGAAUUUGCCUUCCUCUGAUUUUGGUUAUUAUCUUUUGACACUUUUUAUAUCAAGCAUGAUUCAUGAAAUGGGUCAUGCAAUGGCUGCUGUGAGGGAAGGUAUUCACUUGGGAGGAUUCGGCAUGACGAUUUUUUUUGUCAUCCCUGUUGUCAUGACACACUUGGAGAAUCUGGACUCCCUGCAACCAUUGAAACAGCUCCGUGUUUUAUGCGCAGGUGUAUGGCACAAUAUAUUCCUGGCGUUGGUCGCAGCCGUAAUCGCUACGACUCUGCCUUGGUUUUUUUAUCCUUUCUUCAAUUUUGGUACUGGCGUUCAAGUCCAAUCUGUCAAAUUGGGAUCUUCCAUUUCCGGUGAAGGUGGUCUGCUCGUAGGAGACAAAAUCACACAUCUCAGUGGCUGUCCUGUACAAGGAAGCACAAGCUGGCAGGAAUGCUUAUUACGUGUGCUCCAUGAACCGCAUAGCGGAUUCUGCCUGCAAGACAGUUUUAUAAGGGAACAUGAUGAAAGUAUCCCAGCUAAACACAUAUCAGAAAGUGUGAUUGAGUGUUGUGGAGUCAACAAUCCAAGGCAUCUUUGUUUCGAGUACAUCGGCUCUGACGAUGAACCUCUGCCUCUUCCUCAGCAUACCUGCCUUUUUGCCCGAAGGGUGAUACAAUUAUCGCUCAAGACUUGUGUAAAAGCGAAAGAGUGUCCGUACUUUUACCACUGCUUUCGCCCUUCGCUCGAGAAUUCAACAAAACUCGUUCACAUCAAACGGGAAAAGGGCGACGACGUACUCUUCCUCGGCAACCCCGCCGAAAUCUACCAUUCGGUACAGAUAUCCGAUUUUAUCAGCCUGUCCGAUUAUUUCCCAUCUGCGAUACCCGAUGCCAUCACGAAACUGUGCCAGUUUCUAACGAUAUUCUCAUCGGGGCUCGCCGUUCUCAACAUAAUACCGUGUUUCUUUUUUGACGGCGAGCACAUCAUCAAAGCCCUAAUUGAGCUCACGCUCUCGAAAAGACUUCCACUUUUGAGUGCCAGGCAAGUUGUUCACAUCAGCAUUUCACUCUUCGGGACUAUGAUGCUUUGCGUUUAUGUUUGUGUGAUGUUAUUUUCUGUAGUGUGAUAAGUGAUAAACAAUAUAUGUUCCUUUAUGUACAUUUGAAUGAAAUGUUUAAAUUGUUAAGUAAUAAAAGUUUUUAUUUAUUUAA